AUGAUAAAAAAGAUUGACGGAAGAUUUCAUUCCCUCACUUCAACCGCAAAGGAUGCUGAUGUAGCCAUUAUAGAAUUUUUGAAAAAAGUGAAAAAAUUUCAAGAUCGUGCAUGGAAAAAAAACCCAAUUAAGGCAAAAUCAAAGCGUCGAUUGGUCUGUGGUUUAAGAGAGGUGCGAAAACACUUAUCUCUAGAAACAGUGUGUUGCGUUAUAUUGGCCAACGAUAUCGAAACAGAUAAAAGCAGGAUUUUUUUGAAUUCCGAUACUAUCGAUCUUACUACUGAUAUCGAUAUAAUUAAGGAAAUCUGCUCAUCUAAACACAUUGAUAUCCUCUGGACAUCUUCGAAACGCGAUUUAAGUAAAGCAGUAAGUAAAUGGCCAAUAGUGUCUGCUGUGGCAGUACUCGAUUAUCGCGGUGCUGAAGAUGCCUACAGCACGGCGAUCCAGACAUUUUCGAACUUUAUGACAUAUUGUCGGAUUGCUGAUCAUAUUCAUCAGCCAUCAUUAUUUGCUUGA